AGCAGGAUGGUAGUGAAUUCUCGUCGCUCCUCAAAGCAGAAACUCGUUUGCUAACUUGGCGUCGCCGCGGCACUUCGGACGGGAGGGACGGCGAACUGUUUACGGACCGCCUUUUUCCCUCACCUGUGAUAACUUAGAAUUCUGAAUCGAACCCGAAUAUUUUUAUCGUUCUGAAAACAGAAGUGUGGAAAGUUAGUUUGUGUUUAGCAUGAACUGGACCUGUAUAUUCCUUAUCGAACUUGGCCAAUGGAUUUACGCGAAACCGACCGAGUUCGACCGCUCGUAAUGUUGUGAUGCAAAAGUCAGCAGCCCCGCUUCAACAUCAAACUGGUUUUACUCAUCGACUUGUUGUGUGUCUGCUGCCGUAAAUGCAAGCGAGACGCGGACUCGAUUAGGACCUCAAUCUGAAUUUCUUGUUCCUGAGUGCAAGUGGUGUGCUUUAAUUCCGUUUCUCUCGUCCCUGUGAUGCCAAAUUCGCAGUGUUCGAAUUAUGACUGACGGGACACGUUCAGAAGACUGUUAGUGCUAUUUGCUUCAAAAGAGUGAAUUUAAUAUCUGUCAGUUGAAUUGAUAUAUCUCCAGAAUAAUGCUUGGUACGACAUAAUAUCGAAAACCGAACUUUUUUGUCCUUUGACUAAUUUUUCUCGAAGCCAAAUAGAUAGCUGUUUAUGUGAUAUCGAACAGUGAAAAAUCUUAUUAAGUUAUUCUCAAAAUUUAUGGAAGAUGUUUUGCAUUCCAGAAUCGCAACAUAAUUUACUGUGUGCGAAUACGGGGCAUCGUAGAUGACCACCAGAUUGGCCAAUAGGAUUAAUCUCUUAUCAUAGCUAUGCUUCGUGUUUGGAUUCUUGUACUUGUGCUCGCGUCGACGGCGAAGUCGUCUUCCACCCCAGGCCGCGGCUAUGUGGCCCCCGAAGACUGCGAAUGGACUGCCGCGGGAAGUCUCGGAUCUUCUUCGGUCGCGCUCACUUGCACGGUCCGUACUAUCAACGGAGUGUUCGACAGCACCAACUUCAGUCUAAUUCAACCCCAGAAUACGGUCAGUCUGAAAGUGAAAUGCGAGAAUGUGUUAUUCGAAAGUGCACUGGCCAACAAUUCUUUCCACCACUUAAAGGAACUUCGGUCUCUUCACGUCGAAUACUGCAAGCUGAAGGAAAUUCCUUUAAAGGCAUUUUGGGGCCUGAACGAGUUGGUCAAUUUGACCGUGAGGACCUACAACAGCGAGUGGGGUGAGAUUUUCCUGAAAGUGAUACCUGGUAGCUUAUCGUCUCUGCAAAAAUUAGCUAGAUUGGAUCUCAGCCGGAACAACAUGCCUGCAUUGACACCAUCCCUGUUGUGUUCGUUACCGAAUCUCCAACACUUGAAUCUAUCUUUCAACGAUUUCAGUGAAGUUGUGAAUUUAGGUUUCGCCGCUACCAAUAGGACACCGUGUCCUGUGCAUGUGCAACACCUGGAUUUAACCACGAAUCGUCUAAAAGUUCUUACUGAUCAUGGAUUUUCGGCAUUGAGGCAUCUUCGAACGCUUUACCUGCGUUCGAAUAGGAUUUCCAGAGCCGAGGAUACUGCUUUGUUCGGCCUAGGUAAGCUACAAAUUCUAGAUCUUUCUAAUAAUCUGUUAAUUGCCCUUCCACCUGGAUUUCUCAAGGGCUCUGAAAUGCUUUCUGAACUGUAUUUGCAAAAUAACUCUAUGAGUGUGUUACCACCCGGCCUUUUUUCUGGGCUGCAACAGAUGAUGAUCCUCGAUUUGAGCCACAAUUCGCUGUCUAGCCAGUGGCUGAACUCUGACACUUUUGCUGACAUGACGCGGUUGGUUGUCCUGGACUUAAGUUAUAAUAAGCUUUCGCAUCUGGAGUCUGCAACUUUCCGCUCUCAGUAUAGCCUGCAAGUGCUUCAGCUGCACCACAAUGAGUUAGUAAGCAUUGCUGAUAAUGCCUUUUCAUCCCUGUACAAUCUUCAGACGUUGAUCCUAACUCAUAAUAAUUUGACAUAUAUCGAUGCUUUGACGUUCACUGGCUUGCAGAUGCUGAUGGUGUUGUCCUUAGAUUUGAACAGCAUUCAAGCAAUUCACAGUGAAGCUUUAAAAAACUGCACGAAUCUCCAAGAGUUGAAUUUAAAUGUGAAUAAAUUAAUAGAAGUGCCAAAAACUAUAAAAUUCUUGCAGCAGCUUCGCAGUCUUGAUAUCAGCAACAACCGGAUAUCUGUGAUAUCAAAUGCCUCGUACCAAGGUUUGAGAGUCCUUUAUAGUCUAAGGCUUGCUGGAAAUUCGAUAGGUAAUUUAAGCAAAGGUGUUUUCGAAGAUUUACCUUCUAUAAGAAUAUUGAAUUUAGCUAAUAAUAAUGUACAGUCGAUAGAACAAGGCACUUUUGACGAAGUUCCAGAACUGCACGCUUUGAGAUUGGAUUCGAACUUAAUAUCCGAUAUUAAUUCCCUGUUUAUCAAUCUCCAUGAUUUGCUGAUGCUUAAUAUUUCAGCCAAUCGUAUCUCUUGGUUCGACUAUGCUUUGAUUCCUAUUGGAUUACAAUGGCUAGACGUGCACGAUAAUCAGAUAGAGACACUAGGCAACUACUAUGAGUUAGAAUCAGUGUUAAAACUCAGAACUUUGGAUGCAUCCUUCAAUAAAAUAACUGAUAUCGAAGCAACAUCUCUACCAAAUAGUAUUGAAAUUUUAUUUUUGAAUAACAACCUUAUUAAAAACAUACGACCGUUCACGUUUCUAGGCAAACAGAAUCUUACGAGAGUAGAGUUGAAAAGCAACAAUUUAGAAACUUUAGAGAUGAAUGCUUUUAGAUUAAGUGAAGUUCCAAGUCGCAGGCCUCUGCCGGAAUUCACUGUCUCAGAUAAUCCAUACAUUUGCGACUGCAACAUGGAAUGGCUCCAAAGAAUGGCGACUUUGGAUGAAUCUCGCCAGUAUCCCCGAAUGACUGAUAUCGAAGAGAUCAUGUGCAGUCUUACAUUUAAGCGCAAGGAAUCUGCUGUACCCCUUACCCGAGCCCAGAGCUCACAGUUUUUGUGCAGCUAUAAAAGCCACUGUUUUGCUCUGUGCCAUUGCUGUGAGUUCGAUGCCUGCGACUGCGAAAUGGUGUGCCCCGAAAAUUGCACUUGCUACUACGAUCAGAGUUGGAAUACCAAUAUAGUCGACUGUGGGGGUAAACGCCACACUUCAGUUCCUAGAAAGAUACCCAUGGAUGUGACGGAAUUGUAUUUGGAUGGCAGUGAUAUUCCUACUUUGUCCAGCCACACUUUUAUCGGUCGAAAAAACAUGAAAAUCCUUUAUCUUAAUAGCAGCAAUGUGCACACCAUCGAUAAUCGCACUUUCAACGGCCUUCGUGACCUUUUGGUGCUAAAUUUGGACCAUAAUCGUCUUACUGCACUCCACGGUUACGAAUUCGAAAGGUUAGUGCACUUGCAAGAGCUUUAUCUGUCUCACAAUAUGAUAGCGACCAUAAGUAAUGUCACAUUUAUGGCUCUGAAAUCCCUCGAGAUACUGCACCUCGAUCACAACUAUAUCGUUCACUUUCAAGUGUGGCUAUUUAACAACAACCCACGUCUACAAGAGAUUAAACUAGCCUACAAUUCGUGGACCUGCGAUUGUUACUUCAUCGCCGAACUGAAAGAGUUUCUGCAUCUGAAAGGGGAUUAUGUUCGUGAUAUUUAUGACCUAGAAUGCCACUACAAUCAUAGCAGCAGCCACUACCUGUUGGAUUUCAACACGACGGCGUGCAACAAUUAUACGGCGACUGCAAUGCGUCGAGAAUUUGAUUUGCGUGAGAUGAUACCAAUUGUCAUCAUCGCUUCAACAGUGCUGGUCGUUGUGAUAAUCAUCAUCGUCCUCAUCAUCUUCUUCAGGAAGGAGAUGGGGGUGUGGUUCUACGCCAAGUACGGCAUACGCCUUUUCCAAGGCGGGAAAGGACGUGCUUCUCAAAGGGGUGGUGGUGACGAAGACAAAUUAUUUGACGCCUUCGUCUCUUACAGCAAAAAGGACGAGGCAUUUGUCACCCAGAUACUAGCCCCUGAGCUUGAGUGUGGUGUACCGACAUAUCGCCUGUGCCUUCACUACAGGGAUUUGCCGGUCGGUGGUUACAUGUCUGACGCUAUUAUGGAAGCCAUGGAGAGUAGCAGACGUACCAUCCUGAUACUUUCCGAGAACUUCCUAAAAAGUGAGUGGUGCCGCUACGAAUUUAAAUCAGCACACAGAGAAGUGCUUAGUGCUUGUCAACACAGACUAUUAGUGAUAGCCCUGGGAAAAGUGGAUCCCCAAGAGGUGGACUCCGAUAUCCGGCUGUGGAUGAAGCAGAGUCCGGUCCUCAGGUGGGGUGAGAAACAAUUUUGGGAUAGACUGAAAUAUGCGAUGCCGGAUGUCAGGCACAGGAAAACUGAAAGAAACAGGAAUGAUGUGAGUGUAGCUGUACAUAUUUGAAAAUAGUGCUUUUUUUUUCAAAUUGAUGAAUAUUGAUUAAUUUUAUUUUGGACAAUGUUUGUCAAGAUGGUAACGUGCACAGUGCAAGGAAGCGGUUAGUGUUUCAUUUUUUAUUUCAUUUUUUUUUUAAUUUAUCAUUUUAUGUAUAUGCUGCUGAUCAUAAUAUCUCUAAUCGUACUUAUCCAGUUGAACGUUUUAAUUUUGUGAUACAAUUGCUAUAUUCAGA